UGAGUCAACGCCGACUUCCUUCACGUGUUGUGUUGUGAUCGCGGAGAGAUGGCUGCUCUUGCUGAGCCCACUGAUAGUGAUGCGUGGGCUCUUUUAGCGUUGAGAAGUGCUCCUGCAAGUCCGGCAAGAAUGCGGUGGGACAACAACGAACAAGAGCCAGCCAUUGCGAAGCUAGAAUGGCGAGAAUCGGAGUAUUGGGUCCGGCGGAACAGGGUGACCAUCGGCCGCAACAGCACCCGAGGAGAGGUGGAUGUUGACAUGGGUCAUUCGAGUUUUAUCUCACGUGUUCAUCUUGAAAUAACUUUUGAGAACCCCUUUUUCUAUUUGAAGUGCAAUGGCAAGAACGGAAUAUUCGUGGAUGGCGGAUUUCAGCGAAAAUCGGCCCCUCCUUUGCGACUGCCGAGUCGGUGCGUGAUCCGGUUUCCCAGCACCAGCCUGCGGCUGACAUUCUCCUCAUUGGUGGAGGAUGAGCCUGAAAGCCAGCCUUUCAACCCUCUGCGGAUUAACAUCCCAGAGAUCGAGCCCAACAACUUUGCCAGUCCUCUGCCUUCCCCGACUGCCACCAUCAGCGCUGCCAACAGUUGCCCGGCCAGUCCGCGCGGCGGUGUCGGUGGCCGGCGACGGACCGCUGCCGACACGCUGGUUCAGGCGGCCUACGUGGUCCACUCGAACCAGCAGAGGCAGCGGGCGCAUCACCUGGCGGCGGCGGCGGCGGGCGUGGAGCAGUACCAACUGCCCGGCAGGGAGAGGGAAGAGAUGACGCUGCACUACCACCAGGAGGAGCCUCUGCAGCACCACAGCUACAGUAACGGCGCCACGGCCACUGCCGUGGUCACUGAGGAUGCUGUACGCGUGGUGCCCCCGUCGGGUGGCUCGGCCGGCCCGCCGUUCCCGGCGCCCACAGCCACGCCGGCGUCAGUGGUGGCCGCCACGGCGCCGCCGCCCCGCUCCGGCAGCCCCGCCCGGCAGGCGGAGGGCAAGCCGCCGUUCUCGUACGCGCAGCUGAUCGUGCAGGCAGUCUCAUCAGCCAGCGACAAGCAGCUGACGCUGAGCGGCAUCUACGCGUUCAUCACGAAAAACUACCCCUACUACCGCACUGCUGACAAGGGCUGGCAGAACUCGAUCCGGCACAACCUAUCUCUGAACCGGUACUUUAUCAAAGUACCGCGCAGUCAGGAGGAGCCCGGCAAGGGCAGCUUCUGGAGAAUCGACCCGGCCUCGGAGGCCAAGCUGGUGGAGCAGGCCUUCAGGAGGAGGCGUCAGCGUGGGGUGCCCUGCUUCCGUACCCCGGUGGCCGGGUUCGCAUCAAAGUCGGCCCCGGCGUCGCCGACCCACCUAUCUUCUGGUCUGGCCACGCCGGACAGUCUGUCCCGCGAGCCGUCUCCGGCGAGGGACACGCCACCACCGGCCCCGGCCGCGCCCAGCCAGUCGGCGCCCGGAUCACCGCAUCACUACACUAGCUAUGCCAAUUUUUCGACGUACCAGCCUGCUACCGUGAUCGUCAGCUCAGGCGGCGGCGGUGGUAUCCCCAGUGUGGGCACCACGCACCUGAUGUCGGCUCUGCAGGGCAAACGGCCGCGCCUGGUGGCGGCCCUGAACGGGUCCGCCGCGCCGCCCCAGCACCAGCACCAGGUGGUUCACCAGCACCAGCAGCAGACGGUGGUGACAGUGCAGCCGAUGGAGACCGACCAGCGGCCGGCGCAGGACGCAGAGGACAGCAAGACGCGGCUGCAUGGCGCGUACAUGCCGGCGUCGGUGGCGGUGCCGCUGGGCCCCGGCGGCGACCAGCCAGUCACCAGCUCGGCGGCCGGCUCGGUACAGCUGCCUCGCGUCACCUUCUGGCCCGCCGACGAGGGUCCCGGUUUGAGCCCGGUUCCGGCUGACAAGCGCGCAGCCUCGCCGUCUACUACCACCGGCGUACCCGGCGCCGACGGCCAGGAGGGCGCCGAAAAGCGACCGAGGCUCGAGGACGACUGAGGUGCCGCCAUGGGAACGUAGUCGCCACCGUGGGUGUCGUUGUGCCGCCGCCGCUGCUGCUGAUGUUGAUGGAGACUCGUGGUCAGUUUGGGGGUUGAAGCUGGUGCGAGAGGCCGUGAUCUGUGCUGCGGUGGCCGCAAGUUUAGAGAUGAAGAUGUUAUUCUUGUGUAUCUCCCAAGUGACUGCAGUGGUAUUGUCAACAUCGGCAUUCACAGAACCAUCAGCCUAGACUUCCAGACGCUGCCAGCGGUCAGGUGCCAUCUUACUCAGUUGACAACUUGAAGAUCUUCAGGAGCUUCAGAGGAACACCUGACCUAGUCUUUAUCAAUAUGCCGCGGCGGCGCGGCAGCAGUGGCGAUGAGCGAAUAGCCCUCACCAGCGGUGGCGGCGGCUGGCGGUGCUUUGAGACUUCUCAGCGACAACCACGGACGGUCCGGAAAGUCGUGGCGAGAGAAUGCGCGAGCGAGAGGGGCGAGACUAGCUUUACGCGCCUACGAGUGAUCGUGGUCGCGGCCGAACGCGUGACGAGAUCGGCGGCAGGGGCCGGGGAGCCGCUGUGGCGUCCCGUCGCCCCCUGCUGGCCGACCAGCCAGUAUUUGGCUCUUGGCUGGCGUUAGUCUGUAUGUUAUCUAGCUCUGAUGGGACAUUGUGCGCAGUUGUGCGCGCGGCGCGACAUGAAGCGACCUUUAUUUGAAUGGACGACGUGGCGAGUACAGAAGUACGUUAACGUCAGAGUACAUAGGUACGGAGGGGACGAGUGUACCCUGACGCGUAUGGAGCUGAUGAGUACGCGAGUACGUGUGGUGCUGGUACCGCGAGGUACCGAACAUCCUGACAAGUACACGCCACUCGCCGCCUGGAGGUACUAAAAACGCCAGUGUACCCGAGUACCGGCGAGAUGUACCGCGGGACGGCUCCUCAGAGAUAUGCACGGUACCCAUAGGUACCGGGGUGUUUGUGGUACCCCACAAGUACACAGCCAGUGCCGCGUCUUACAUAGGCGGUGAGCGUGUACAAACGCGACGUGCCACCGCUCCCCUGUCGGCGCGCGAGCCCUGUACAAAGCAGCAGAGAGUGGGGCGCCUCGACGCGCCUGUGUGUGUGUCUGUGUGUGAGAGACCGUCGCGAGACGGUAUAACUGCGGAGUAUGUCUCGUAUCGGCGCCUACAGCAAUACAAGCCCGCAGAGAGUGUGAGAUUGCCGAGUUUGUGUCGAGUUGUCAGCGUUGUGUUGUGUCUCAUCUCGUGCUUCAUAUUGAAGCUGACAUUAGGCGGUCGUCUGCCCGUGGCCGGGCCUGCCAUGUCGCGAGUCGUGUGCUAUUUAACUGGGUGGCUGAGACCCGCGCGGGGCCGCGGCCUGUGCACUGUGCAGGGUGGCACCGCCAGUAGUUUGCGAAUGCACGGAUGGCUGGCCAUUGGCGGCUGUCGGUCUACCGCAUUUAGCUCAGACAAUGAAUGCCGUGACGUUAUAUCUAUAAGGGAGAAUAAUUAGACAGUUCCCAUGC